UUCUAAUCAAUAACACGUUUUCGCGGAAUGUGACGUCACCGGUCAACAGUCUUUUUUAACAGUCGAUUUUAACAGUUCCAAUCCAACAGUUCCAGUCCAACAGUCAAUAUGCUGGACUUUUUUUCGUAUAGAGUUAUAUAGUAACUGUUUUACAGGGGUAUAACAAACCAGAAUAUUUGACCCGAGGUAUUAGGAAAGCCCUGUAGCGUUAUGUCGCCCGAUGCGGAAGGCGGAGCAAUUUCAGCCAAUUACCCUUCCACCGCUAUGCCGUCUGUUAAAACGAUGAAGCAUUUGGAAAGAGGGACACAAUUUCUCCUAAAGUCAAUCAAACCCAGCGGUACACUGAGGAAUAGGACACCGGGAAGACUUCGUCUAUUGGCGCCGUGCAGUUCAAGACAAUUCAGUUCCUCGACUGCACUGCACAAAAUUUACAAGUCUCGCUUCGAAGACAUACAGCUUGAACAGAAACCUCUAGGACAAUUUAUGUUGGAAAAAUUCGAAAAAUUUGGCGACCGUGUAGCUUUGGUCGAUUUUCUCACGGACAGAAAGUACACAUAUGCACAGUUGCGGAGUUCAGUUGUCAAAGUAGCCAGCGCACUAACAAGAUUAGGAUAUAAGAAGGGUGACGUCAUCUCUAUACAUAGUGUCAAUAUCCCAGAAUUUUCUAUCCUCCUUCUGGCGGCUGCAUCUGCAGGGAUAAUCGUUACAACGUCAAAUCCGGCGUACACAGCAGGCGAGCUCUCCAGGCAACUGGAACAUUCUAAUGCCAAGGCAGUGUUUACAAUACCCCAGCUUGUUCCUGUCAUUAGAGACGCCAUAGACAGCUCGGAUUCUUUAAAGGAGCUUGCAAAUAAAAUCACCGUUUUCGGCGAGAGUGAGGGAUGUCGACCAUUUUCCACUCUGAUGCAAGAUGAUGGCAAAGCUUUCCCGGAAAAUACCACCAUCAACCCCUUGGACGAUGUUUGUGUACUUCCAUACUCCAGCGGAACAACCGGGCUCCCAAAGGGUGUCAUGUUAACACACGACAAUAUAGUCGCCAACGUACAGCAAUUCAGGAAACUUCUCAAGGUAACAGAGGAUGAUACAUCUCUGGGAAUUCUCCCGUUCUUCCACAUCUAUGGAAUGUGUCCGGUGAUGAUGGGCGUUUUAGUUGAUGGCGGGAAAUUGGUGACCCUGCCAAAGUUUGACCCGGAAAUGUUUCUUAAGGCGUUAGACUCACAUAAGGUCACACAACUGCAUAUUGUUCCUCCAAUUGUUCUCUUCCUCGGGAAACACCCAAUGGUGUCUAAUUUUGACUUGAGCAACCUGAACACGAUAACUUCCGGCGCAGCUCCUCUGGGUGAAGGUCUCACUUACGAGGUCAUGACCAGACUGAAGGCUGUCAUUAGACAAGGAUAUGGACUGACGGAGACUAGCCCUGUCACUCAUCUCGACGUCAUCCCUCCAAACCCAGGGAGUAUAGGCUGUGUCAUUCCCAACACACUGUGCAGAGUUGUCAACGCUGAGACGGAUGAAGAUGUAGCCGAAGGUGAGGUUGGAGAAAUUUGUGUCAAAGGACCUCAGGUGAUGAAGGGGUACCUCAACAACCAGAAGGCUACUGACGAAAUGAUCAAGAAUGGCUGGCUCCAUACAGGUGAUAUCGGUCACUAUGAUAAAGAAAGAGACGUAUUUGUGAUUACUGAUCGACUCAAGGAGCUCAUCAAAUACAAGGGAAAUCAGGUAGCACCGGCAGAACUAGAGGACCUUUUGUUACAACAUCCGGCUGUUCAAGAUGUCGCUGUGAUCGGACUUCCGGAUGAAGAUGGCGGCGAAGUCCCUUUGGCUUAUAUUGUGAAGAAACCAAACCAAGAAGUAUCAGCUCACGAUAUUAUGUCUUUUGUUGAAGGUAACGUGGCGCACUACAAGCGGCUGAGGGGAGGUGUGGAGUUCAUUGACCAGAUUCCAAAGUCCCCCAGCGGCAAAAUCCUCAGGAGGAUUCUUAGAGAAUCCCUACCCAAACCAGUGUAACGGGAGAGAACCUAAACAAUCGCACGGACCAAUGCAUUUCUUGACUGACCCAUUGCAAUCAAUACUUAUAUGUAGACUUUUUAUUUUUCAUUUUACAAAUUUUAUGGAAGAUUUUUACUCAAUGCAAUGCAUUUUAAUUAAACAAACUAAUUUAAGUGAUUUUUUAGGUGUGCCAUUUAUUAAUCUUACAAUUUUAAUCCUCCAAUUCCAUGCACAUAUAUUUUACAUAUACAUUGUAUUUACACAGAGUGCAAAAACAACCCAGUUGUAUUUUUUUUAUUGACCAUGAUAAUAAAGAAUUUAAGCAUUGUAUGUAUAAGACUUAAUG